AUGGCCGGGGCUCCCGGCGGAGACCGCUCCGGGCUGCCUCGGUCCUCGGUCUCCGGCAGCGGCGGCGGCGGCGGCGGCGGAGAAGCCCAGCGCGUGGAAUUCGUACCUCUGACCGCCGUGCAGACCGAGAAGAUCGACGCCACCCCCGCCGGCGGCGGCGGCGGAUCCAGCCCCAGGCGUCUGGGACUGCUCGGGACACCUUUACCGGUCCCACGCGGGGGCUCCGGAGCUCGAUCCGCCUCGCAGAAGCGAUACCGUCGGCUCCAGAACUGCCUCUACAACGUGCUGGAAAGACCCCGAGGCUGGGCGUUCAUCUACCACGCUUUCAUAUUUAUCCUGGUCUUCAGCUGUCUGAUUUUAUCUGUGUUUUCAACUAUUCCCGAGCAUCACACAUUUGCCAAUGAGUAUCUCUUCAUCCUGGAAUUUGUCAUGAUUGUUGUUUUUGGAGUGGAAUACAUUGUCCGUGUCUGGUCGGCGGGCUGCUGCUGUCGUUAUCGAGGAUGGCAAGGUCGCUUCCGGUUUGCCCGCAAACCUUUUUGUGUCAUCGAUUUCAUCGUCUUUAUUGCUUCUCUGGCCGUCAUUGCAGCUGGCACCCAGGGGAACAUCUUUGCUACCUCGGCCCUACGCAGCAUGCGCUUCCUGCAGAUCUUACGCAUGGUGCGCAUGGACCGCCGUGGCGGUACUUGGAAGCUUCUUGGCUCAGUGGUCUAUGCCCAUAGCAAGGAGCUGAUCACAGCAUGGUACAUUGGGUUCCUUGUCCUUAUCUUUUCCUCCUUCCUGGUUUACCUGGUGGAAAAAGAUGCCAAUGAUGAUUUUCUCACCUAUGCAGACUCCCUGUGGUGGGGUACGAUCACACUCACCACUAUCGGCUAUGGGGACAAGGUUCCAAAAACAUGGCUGGGCCGGGUGCUGACAGCCUGCUUCGCCUUGCUGGGAAUCUCCUUCUUUGCCCUUCCUGCGGGAAUUCUAGGCUCAGGAUUUGCUCUCAAAGUCCAAGAGCAACAUCGACAAAAGCAUUUUGAGAAGAGAAGGACACCUGCAGCAAAUUUGAUCCAGGCUGCUUGGCGCCUCUACUCCACAGACAUCAACCGAUGCUACCUGACUGCUACCUGGUGUUACUAUGACAGCAUGCUUCCCUCUUUUAGAGAACUGGUCCUUAUGUUUGACCACUUGCACCGAGCUCGCAACGGAGGGCUUAGGAUCUCUGAGGUGAGGAAAUUCCCUGAUGGAGCUCCACCGUCGUAUCACUCCUUCACCUCUGGCCUGAAAGCCUCCACUCCUCCUUUUUACACAGGAGAAAGCAAUAAAAUGGGACUCAAAGACCGCAUCCGAGUGAGCAAUUCUCAGAAGCAAGGCAGCCGGGGGAAGCAGCAUCUGGUGCCUCCACUCCACCGCUCCCCCAGUACGGAGAACGUCAACGAAGGCAUCAGCCCCAGCAAGGUACAGAAGAGCUGGAGCUUCAAUGACAGGACAAAGUUCCGGGCCUCAUUGAGGCUGAAGCCCCGGACACCAGUGGACGCUGAUGGUCCUGCAGAGGAAAGCAGCGAGGAGAAGACCUAUCAAUGUGACUUGACUUUUGAAGACAUCAUGCCUGCUGUUAAGACCUUGAUCCGAGCAGUCAGAAUUCUUAAAUUCCUGGUAGCCAAAAGAAAGUUCAAGGAGACCCUGAGACCAUAUGAUGUUAAGGAUGUGAUUGAGCAAUACUCAGCUGGCCACCUGGACAUGCUUGGCAGAAUCAAAAGUCUCCAAACACGUGUGGAUCAGAUUGUGGGCCGGGGAGGUCUCACCAUGGAUAAGAAGACACGGGAGAAAGGGGAAAAAGCACCAUUGGAGAUUGACCUGGUGGAUGAACUCAGUAUGAUGGGCCGAGUGGUAAAGGUGGAAAAGCAGGUUGAGUCUAUUGAGCACAAGCUGGACUUGUUGCUAGGCGUUUACUCCCAGUGCCUACGGAAGGGUUCCAUCAACUCCAUUAGUUUGACCGCUAUACCAGUUCACACUGGUGAACCAGACAUCACCUCUGACUAUCAUAGUCCUGUGGACCAUGAAGACAUCUCUGUCUCUGCUCAGACCUUGAACAUCUCCCGAUCGGCUAGCACCAACAUUGACUAA